AUGCCCCUGCUCAAGCUCUACAGUUUGGAAGUUGGAAACCAAGUGUUUGACUUUAAACUUGGCAGCAGACUUUUAGAGAUCUUCAGGUACCUGAGCCAUUCAAGAGGCAUUGUGACUACAGAGAGAUCAUCAUGUCUGAAACGUGCAGCAUUCUCUUCUACAAACUUCGAGAACAUCCUGACAUGGGAAACAGAAGCAAAUAUUCCCCCUGGCACUGUAUUUGAUGUCCAGUAUAAACAGUAUGGAGAAAAAUCCUGGCUCAACAAGCGGGAGUGCCAGAGUAUCACACAGCCCUUCUGCAACCUCAGCAGGGAGACAGAGAACGUCUCGGAGCAUUACUACGCCAGGGUGAGGGCCACUGGCCACUCCUGCUCCUCCUCCUGGCUGCCCUCGGAAAGGUUUGAACCCCGAAAAGAGACUAUUAUUGGAGCACCAGAAGUGGAGUAUAUUCCAUACGUACGGUCCAUAAAGUUUCUUAUACACCCCCCCUACACUCCGCUGAGGGGUGAGGAUGACCGCCAGCUAACCAUAGAGGACAUUUAUAGCAAGUUUGGUGCUGUUGAUUAUCAAUUAACAAUAUUCAACCAAAGGACACACCAAAAGUGGACAAAGAACGAGAACAACAAAGAAUUUGAAGUUUCCAACUUGGACCCAGACACUGAAUAUAAUGGAACAGUAUCUAUAUCUCUCCUCCAGAAAAGCAGCAAAGCUCAAGUGUUUUGGGUCAAAACACUAGCAGACAACACUUGGCUUCUGUACUGCUUUGUGCCACUGGCGUUCUGUGCUGGCCUGGUCUUUGCUGCUGUCAGUUAUGGGAUCUACAAAUAUGUCAAGCAACACGGUGCACAGCCCAUGUCUCUGGACUUCAGAGGGAUUUCACCAUUCCAGCCUCUUACACUGACAGUGGAGCAUAUUAUAAAGCCCAUUAGUUUACCCAAACCUCCACUUCUCAUCCCUGAAGUGCAGCUACCACAGAUCAGCCACCACUUGGACAGAGCACUGGAGCCACUACGGUCCUUCCACCUUCCAGACACUGCGUACCAGCAACAGGCAGAGGUACCAGCACUCCAGCUGCCCAUGCAGCCAGCCUGCUUGGCAGGGCCAGCUCCUACCUGUUAUGCUCCUCAAGCAGGCAAGCAAAGUCUUCCUACUGCCACGUCCAGCAAGUCUCUGCCCCUAACCUAUGGGGUGUGCGGCGAAGGCACAGACCGUGCUGACAAGAAGAAUUUGCAGCCAACCCAAAUGCUAAAGGAUGUUUCUCCAGAUAGUUUUGUUGGUGGAAUGCUCAUAACCCAGAUGCUGGACAAGAGCUGCAGCCAUUGGAAUUACAAAGAACAAAAGCCAAACUUGGCACUGUGGAAUAGCAGUGACACAACUGAGUCGGUUCUCUCGCAGGGGGGCCCUGGGCAAACACAGCAACUGCUGCUGCAGCCUGAUGGGAUGGAGAGUAAAGAGCACGUGCCUCAGCUCUCACUGUCUUUGCUGGAACAAGGAGGAUGCUACAGACAGCAGACAGCACAACCACCACAGCUGUUGUCUUCAGUGAAAGUUAACACAGACUACAUCAGAGAGGACGAACCGCUGUCGUCUCUCCCAGCAGCCUUCCUUUUGUCAGUCAGUCCUGGCCACAGCUUCUCUGGAGAGAGCAACACAAAGCAGUGGAUGUUGCCAGAUUCGUUCUCACAUUCUGCAAACAAAUUGCAGUUCCCAGAGACUCCAGAAUCAGAAACAUUGAUGGCAACAAAGGAGCCAGGCUGCACAGAACUGAAUAAUGCGUCCCCAGACACCAUCUCAGACUGGGACCAUGGCACACCCCUCACUAUGUUCUUCAAAGACUUGAACUUAAAAGUACUGUGGGAUCAGGAUGAAAACACAGAAUUUUAUUAG